AAACUCUUAAGGGAUGCAACAACUCUGCAACUCCUUAUAUAAGAAUAGAUAAUCUUCCAAUCUCUAUGAACUUAACAUAUUUCUUUAUUUCCUUUUCCUAAUAUUUUUCCUAAACCAUAACUCUUAAGGAUUAGGAUAGUUUGCUCUCCGAGCUAUUUCAGUCUUACCCCAACAUGUUUUGUUUUUCCUUCAGGUAUUUUUGUUAAAUUUUAGUUGGGAACUACUAAGCGGAUAUUUACCAUAUAGAAAAGAAAAAGAAAUUGCUAGGCGGAAUUAUAGAUGGGGCCUCUAAAAUCUAUUUUUAAUACGUUAAGAGUCAAACAAAACACUGUCCGUUUACGUGUAUAUAUAUGCCCUCGUGCAUCUCAAAACUUACAAACCUGUAAAUCAUUUUGUACAUUUCACCAUUUGUUCCCACACUCUCUUUCAAGUUUGAUCUUUCUAAGCAGAUCUUUUAAGUUUGUUACAACUCGUCGAGGUGGUCUUACAAAAGGAUAAAUCAACAAGACAUAUUUUUUUCUCCCACCCAAAAGUCAAUACAUCAUGAAGUUCUCAAUUUCAGCAAUGAAGCAGGUACAACCAAUCUUAAGCUUCAAGAACAAACUCUCGAUGGUCAACGUCAACUCUUUCCUCCGUCCCCAAGAAAAAGUCGUCUUCGUGAUGGGAGCCACUGGUUCCGGUAAGUCUCGUCUCGCCAUCGACCUAGCAACUAGGUUUCAGACAGAGAUCAUAAACUCCGACAAGAUCCAAGUUUACAAGGGCCUCGACGUCCUUACAAAUAAAGUAACACCUCAAGAAUGCCGAGGCGUGCCUCACCACUUGCUCGGAGUGUUUGACUCCGAAGCUGGCAACCUAACGGCCACCGACUUCUGCCGCCUUGCAUCACAAGAAAUCUCAACACUCUCGGCUAACAACAAGCUUCCUAUCGUAGCCGGUGGAUCAAACUCAUACAUCGAAGCACUUGCGAAUCAUUCGUCUGGAUUCUUGUUAAACAAGUACCAAUGCUGUUUUAUUUGGGUCGACGUUUCCUUACCGGUUCUUAACUCAUUCGUCUCAAAACGUGUCGAUCGCAUGAUGGAAGCAGGAUUACUGGAGGAAGUAAGAGAAGUACACGAUCCGAAAGCUGAUUAUUCUGUCGGGAUACGACGAGCUAUCGGUGUCCCCGAGCUUCACGAGUACUUAUGCUACGAAUCUCUAGUGGACCGUGCUACACAGAGAAAGAUGCUUGACGCAGCCGUUAAAAAGAUUAAAGAGAACACAGAGAUUCUAGCUUGUCGACAGUUACUUAAGAUUCAACGUCUGAGCAAGAAGUGGAAGUUGUCUAUGCACCGCGUGGACGCAACGGAAGUGUUCUUGAAACGUAACGAGGAAGAAGCAGACAAGGCUUGGGAGAAUCUCGUAGCGAGACCGACCAAGAGAAUAGUUGAUAAGUUCUGUGAUAACCAAGUGAUGAAAAAUGAUGAUGUUGAGCACUGUUUGACCUCCAUUGGAGCGGUGUCUUACGGCGGAGGAAGUGGAAGUAGGGCUCACAAUAUGGUAUGAGAAGGUUUUGUCUUUUAGUCGUGUGAUGCUUUUUGGAGUGUAAUAGUGAGAUUUUCGUAUGUGUGUGGUGGUGAUUCGCAGGAGGUUUUUUGCAACGUACAGGUGUGUGACAUAGUACCUCGGGAACCAAAUAACGAAAAGCUGUUUAUUUUUUCUUCUGUUUUUAAUGUUUGUAUAGUUGAUAUUCGCUUAUAUUAAUUGUUUGAUACCUAUUUGACUACGAGCUCACGAUAACCGAAAGUUAUCAUUCCUUGUGCCACGAUAUCAAACUUAUGUGUAUCGUUUAAUAUAAAAGCAAUAUUUUAAUUUGCUUUUUGCUGUUUUUGGUAUCUCUUGGCCUUACAUUUACGCAUUCAUGUGAUUGGUUGAAGCUACGAAAACGUUUUUUGGAUUACAGUUAGUAUAUAUGCCCACUAUUAUGAAGCCUUAUUGAGGAAAGGUAAACAACAAAGCUAUAAGCAUUAAAGCAAAAAAAAGAAGAAGCUAUAAGCAUAUAUACUAUGACCUUCCUUCAUUAUAAUUUGUAUCCUUUUGUGACGUUAGAAUUAUCGUCAAUAUUAAGAUCAAACAUAUCUCAGUGGUUCUAAACAUCUUUGAAGAAUUUUGUAAACGCAAAUGCAAAACAAAGAUAAGAAAACAAGUUUAGAUCAAUAA